AUAAAUCUUUGAGUCUCGGAGAAAAGAGUGCUUUGAAAAUGAGAGCAUUUUUAUGGAAUCUACCCAUAAGAAGUUGCUGUGUCAAGAGAAGCAUUUUUUUAUAUGCGACGCGGCCAUUUCUCCAACACGCGGGCUGUGUUACAAUAAAAACGCCCCUUUUUGGUGCAAUACAUCUUUUUUUAUAAUUCGUAAUAAUUAUGCUCAUCUUAAUUACCCGUUAAAAAUUCAAAAAUGCCGCCGUUUUUAUAAUCCGACGUGAAACGGUGGAAUCUCAAACGAAAAACCUAAAAUGGCCGCGGUUGGGAUUUGACGUUUAUGAGAUAUUUAAAAGCACGAAUUUACAUUUCACGUUUUUUACUAAAAUUAUGUGGAAGUGAUGUCGGUUGGUGUACCAUCGGAUGAAAUUUAACCGGGAGUGCCGUUACGCGUAGGUUUUUCGACAUGUUAACGAGAUGUCUGGAUAAUUAGCAAUUUCGGAAUUAAUCAAAAUCGAUUUUUUAAUCGCUUGAAUUUAAUGCCAAAUAGAUGUGUUUUAUCUACAAGUACGCGUUUCGUCGCGUACGUGGGAUGUUUUCCAGUCGUCAAAAGUGACCAAUGUUUGUAAACUUUGCGUUAUAACCUAACAUCUUAAUAGACGAUCGGCACCGACAAAAAUAUGAGGCAUUUGGAGGGCGAAAUGCAAUCGUCCUGCGAGUCCGACGAGUCGAAGCGCACGUGGUUGCAAACUUUUUCCGAUAUUAAAGAAUUCGAGUCGCUUAAAAACGAUAUACCGCCGUUAUUUUACGAAGACUUCCAAAGCGACGAAGAUAACUUGUCCGCGUUAAAUUUCGACAUCAAGUAUGAUCUUGACAACGACGAUUUCGAGCAAGUAUUACGGAACGACAUCAAGAAGCACCGGCGGAAAGCGGCGGCGCCCCAGCGGGCUUUCCAAGCCGAUCUCAGCCAAAGCAAAUCUAUUGAUCUCUCUUCCGAGUCUUCUCAGGAUGAAAUCCAAAUUGCGACUGAUGGUGUUGGUUUAAUUAAUAACGAGCUGACUGAUGGUGCCGAAAGCAUGUUAGAUCUGGAGCAGGGGGAUAUAUUACAGGAGUUCGAGGACCAGGAUAUUUUCAAAGAUUUGCAGGAGGAGGCUGAUGGAGAAAACAUAGACGAGGAAAUAAUAGACAAUGUGAAGGAGGAAUGGAAGGCCCACUGGGGGGUGAAAUGCAACAUAUGCGAGCUAGUCUUCCCUUUCAAGGCGGAAUUCGAUACGCACUACCAUUUGAAUUAUAAUUUGUCGCCCGUUUAUACUUGCACAUUUUGUAACAAGACGGUGGACAAAUAUUCUACUUUUAGAUCGCACUGUUACAGGCAUAUCACUGAAGGUCGUUAUAAGUGCAAAGAAUGUGCCAAAGGUUUCAGUUUGCAGAGCAUGCUGCACGUGCACAUACUGGCGAAACACACCAAGACGAAACCGUUCAUGUGCGAAGAAUGCGGUCGCAGUUUCGUCACGAAGCCCGGAUUGAAAAUCCACCUGAAAAAGCACAAAACGGAACUAAAAGAGGACUAUCCGUGCGUCGAGUGCGGCAAAGUUUUACACACGCGGGGCGGUCUGACGUCCCAUAUGAACGUUCACCGUUUGGGCAGGAGGUUCAUGUGCGACGUCUGCGGCAAAACUUUCACGCAAAAGGUCAACAUGCAGCAGCACGUUAAGCAGCACACGGGAGACAAACCCCACAGUUGCGGCAAGUGCGGCAAAACUUUCGCUGAGAAGUCGCAUUUGACGCGACACUACAGCUUCCACAGCGACCAACGACCGUUCAAGUGCGACGUCUGCCAGAAAAUGUACAAAACGGAGCGGUGCCUCAAGGUGCACAGUCUGGUGCACGCGUCGGCCAGGCCCUUCGUUUGCGAGUACUGCAACAAGGGUUUCCUCAGCAGUACCAAACUGAAACAACACUACAACAUCCACACCGGCGAGCGGCCCUACAAGUGCAAAUACUGCGACCGCGGCUUCACCAACUACCCGAAUUGGCUGAAACACAUCCGGAGGCGGCACAAAGUCGACCACAAGACCGGCGCCGAUUUGAACCCCAGCCAAUCGAAGGAAGUCGUCAAAGAAGAUGCGGUGGCGACGUCGGCGGCGUCGCCCAGCGCCGACGAUCCCGACCAACCGCCCCCGGUCAAGGCCGAGACCGUUCCCAACGCAACCGACGACGCCUACAUAAGCGACGUCUGCCUAUCGAAGGCGGACGAGCUGCUGCUGCAAGAGGGCUUCCUCAAUUUCCCGGUCGCGGACUCCAAGUGCGCCACCACCUUCAAUCAGCAGCUGGAACUGCUGGCCGCCAAUCCGGGGGCGUCGAUAGGGACGAUGGGAUAUCUGGUGCCAUAUUUUCAAACAGCCCUGCCCAACCAAGCAAUAAUACAGACCACGACGUCGAGCGUGCUUCCCGUACCCCUGCAGAUCAACGAUUUCAUCUCCGCGGGCUUCGUUCAACAGUCUUGCGAAUAAAAACGGCCCGCGUAGCAAUAUACAGGAUGUUAAUUUAAUCUGACCGCGUUUCUGGAGCGUCCGAUCCCGGAACCAUCGGCGGGAACGUGUAAGCUCACGCUUAUAGUCUUUCUAAGCGAAUAGGGAGUAGUAAAACGUUUGUUCGUGAAAAAAGGUUGGCGAAAAAUAUAAAAAAGUAACUUAUUUACUUUUUAAAAGUUGUUUUUUUAUUGAUGGCAAACUUGCUCCGUUUCUUCUAUCUCCACAUAUUAACGUUCCUUGUCGAAAAAACACGGAAAAGUAGAUGUUGCAGGAAUGAAUUUAACGCACGAACUUAAGCAUAUUCUUUAUUUUUCUUGAUGAAUUGAGAAGAAUCCUUUAUUUUGAAAGGCAGAUAAUCGUCUAAAGUAGUCGAAAAGAAUAAUAAAAAUACGUUGUAAAAAAAAAAAUAGUCAUCGGUACCUACAAAUUAGAAGUAGCCUUUUCGCAAAACAUGGUUAUGAAUUGUGCUUUUCGUAUUUUUCUCAGCCUUAUUAUGAAUAGUUUCGGGAAAACUAUUGUAGAUUGCAAUUAAGAAAUAGUUGACAUAUUUCUGAGUAUAGGUGAAGUUACAUAUGUCAGGUAAAAUUUUAGAUUUAUACCAUUGUUAAACGCAAACUAACCAACCAUAGCGAUUCCAAAAAUACUACAUAAACAUAAAUUUUUUAAAGCAAAAUCCUGUCAAAAUCGGAAGGGUUACUCCAAAACGGAGGUUCAUAUGUUAAUCUGCAUAGCAUAGCAGUAAGUAGCUAAGCUUAGGGCAUCAAAUGCCUAAAGGAUCAUCUGUAUACAAUACAGUAUAUUCAUGUAUUCUACUACAGACUUCAUUUAUACCACAGAGGGCUCAGAGUAGAGCCCCAAGGAACAUACUUUACCGCAUGAGAGCCAACAGGUCUGCCAUAAGAAUCUGUCUCUACUAUCUGCUGAGUAGGAUUCUCACGAUAUGAUCCAAUCAAAUGUAGUGAUGACGUUUUGCUAAUUAUCCUGUUGACUUCUUCAGAGUUUAACUGAAACUGUUGAGCCUAUCAAACCGGGCAAUUUAAAUUUCAAAAUAUAAGUAAAAUGAACAGAGUACGUUACUAGAGUACAGGUACUUCUAUGUUUUGUCUGCAAAUUAUAGGAAUUCUAAGUAAUGUAACUAGUAGUUUGAGCCCAUAGCACGGUUUGAAGGUAAUGGGGGAAUGAAAACAAUGCAUUCAUGUAUCACCGGACCUUUUAAUUGUUUUAUUACUCCGUCUGGCUUACUAAUAGACUAUAAGGAUGAUUUUAUCACUCAUUAAAACUAAUAAAAAUUUUUAAACUUGGGUCUGGUGCUGCUCCGAGCCGAUCUUUUAAAACCGCAUUUCUUAUAAAGGAGAGGUUACUGUGUAUCAGAUAUAUAAAUUUUGUUUUAAAACUUUAUCUCCUGUUCCAUACCCGUUUUGAGUCGAUUAAACUAGCAUCCAGUCCGCGGUAGCGCAUUGUCUGUAAUCGCCAAGUUAUUUGUAACUCUCAGCGUAGAGGGUGUUUUACUUUUUAACUAGCGUGGAUCUGAGCGGCUAGCGUCGCUUCCCUUAAGCGCUCCACCAUCUCGAAACUCGAUUGUCGAGCCACGAAAUGGAAUGUCUCGGACCAAAGGCUACGCGAGAGGAUUUUACGGUAAAAUUACCAUUUUAUCCGUAGCCGACCCGUAUAAAUUGUAUGGAAUUUGAACGAAUUAAGUUGCCCCCAAAAUUUGCGUUUUCUACGAGACGACAUUCCAUUUAAGACGUUUAUAUUUUUGUACGGUCCCGGUAUCUCUUACUGUCUCGCAGUAUGUAGCGUGUGAUUUGAUUUUAAUUAUUUUUGUAUGAAGGUGCGUAAUAAAUAUUGAAUUUUUAAU